AUGGAAAGAGCGAAUCGUUCUAUGUCACGUGGGGUGGACGAACAGCACCUCUGCUCGAACCGUGUAACCAUUCGCCAGCGGCUUCGCGAAUGGAAGGAUCGCGUCAAGUGUCGCGCGCAGGGGUUGUACGCGUCGGGUUACCACAACGGUUACGGAUCUGCUCCCUACGGCUCGCUUCAAGCGUCCGUCGCGGCGGGCGGCGGCCGCAAGGCGGCGAUGGCGACGGCGGCGGCUGCGGCGACGUCGUCGCUGGCGGCGGUGCGCGUGUUCAAAGGCAACAGCGUGCUCGCGCAAUUCAAGGCGCGAAUCACGGCGCGAUUUGUGGAGGGGCCGGUGGGACUCCUGACUGACACGGCGGAUGGGCAACGUGCAGCAGGAGCAGCAGCAGAGGCGUUGACAGCAACAGGGAUAGAGGCUACGGGCGAGAUUGGGGAGAGAGGCGAGGCAGAAGGGGUGGGCGGGAUGAGCAGAGUGGGUGGAGCAGAUGGGGGGAGGCAGGCGCUGGUGGUGGGGGGCGAAGAGGGCGAGGAGCAGAGCGCGGCAGUGCGCAUGGCGCAGGCUGUUCUGCUGCCAGCUCUGGGCGCCGUGUCACACGCCUUCAUGCACGGCCUCAACCGCACUGAGGUGAUCAACGCUCACAAGCUCACCAACGCCAUCGCCCACCGCCCCCCCGGCACACCCCUCCUCACGGUGUCCAAUCACGUGGCAGCAAUGGACGACCCACUGGUCAUGGCAGCGGUGGUGCCGCCAUCCCUCAUGCUCGCCCGCCCCGCCUCUCUCCGCUGGACCCUCUGUGCCACCGACCGCUGCUUCUCCUCGCCCCUGUUCUCGGCUUUCUUCACGUCGCUGCGGGCUCUACCAGUGGAGCGGGGAGGGGGGCUGGAGCAGCCGGGCAUGCGGGCAGCAGCGCAGCGCCUGAGCGAGGGCGGGUGGGUGCACAUUUUCCCGGAAGGCACUCGGUCGCUGGAUGGCGGGCGCACCGUUGCACCCAUGCGCAGAGGCGUGGCAUGGCUGGCAGCGCAGUGCACUGUGCCGCCCCUCAUCAUUCCAGUGGUGCAUGUUGGCAUGCACCGCGUGCAAGCUAGAGGACAAACGCUGCCGGCCGUAGGCCAACAG